CUCGUUAACUUGGAUGGCGAAGUGAUCGGGGUGAACACUAUGAAGGUGACAUCAGGCAUCUCUUUUGCCAUCCCCUCGGACCGGCUGCGGAAGUUCCUGCAAAAGGAGGAGCAGCGCAAAAGCUCUUGGUUUGGCAACGCAGAGACAAAGCGCCGUUACAUAGGAGUGAUGAUGCUGACUCUGACACCCAGCAUCCUGGCUGAGCUGAAGCUGCGUGACCCCAGCUUCCCCGAUGUCUCCUACGGAGUGCUAAUCCACAAGGUGAUCAUCGGCUCCCCGGCCCAUCAGGCAGGGCUGAAGGCAGGCGACGUGGUGCUGGAGAUCAACGGGCAGGCAUCACGCCGUGCGGAGGACGUGUACGAGGCGGUACGGACGCAGCAGAACCUGGCCUUGCUGGUGCGACGUGGCUACGACACUUUGCUGGUCAGCGUCGUCCCCGAGGUCACAGAGUAGCGGUGCUGUUCUGCA